AUGGCAGCACCGACCAGAGUUCUGUUUCGCGGCGGCACAGUCCUGACGCACAACGAUGAUGAUCAUGUCGUUCCCAUAGAGAGCGAUCUCCUAGUAGAGGGGAAGAGCAUCAAAGAAAUAUCACCUGGCAUUCAACUUCCACCUGGGUCUGAUGUCAAGGUGGUGGACUGCAAGAACAAGAUUGUGAGCCCGGGCUUCAUCAGCACUCACCAGCAUCUGUGGCAGUCAUUGUGCAAAUCGCUCUGGAGCGAGUUCACCAUCCUUGAAUAUUUAUGUCUCGGAUUGUUCGACAACGCUCACCAUGAGCCGAACGACAUCUUCUGGGCCGAGUUGGCUGGCGCGCUGGAGGGCAUCGAUGCGGGAACUACCACAGUCAUGGAUCACGCACACUUUCACUACUCCCCUGAGCAUUCCGAUGCAGCCAUUGCUGCGCUCGAAGCGUCUGGCUUACGCGCGGUGUUUUGCUUCUGUCCCAGCUCGCGACUGCGGAAGCAUGAACCCCUCGAUGUCGACGGCGACAUAUUCUGUGACUGGAUCAUGGAUAAGAUCCAAGUCCUGGCUCAGAACGCGCCUUACGGAGACGGCCGUAUCCAGAUUGGAUUCGGGCUGGACGAGUUUCGUUUCGACCGGGCGACGACAGUGGAGUUGUUCAAACGGAUCAAGUCUUUUGGAAUCAAGCAUGUUACAACACACUAUUUCCGAAGCCCAGCAGGAGGCAGGCCUACCAUCUCUUUCUAA